AUGCUUGUCAUGGAGGUUUGCCCAAACGGCUCAUUGGUAUCGUAUCUUAGAAAACGUAGAGGAAAUGUGCCAUUGUCGGAGAAAUUACGUUUUGCUAUAGAAGCAUCUGAUGGGCUUGCUUAUUUGGAAAAGAAAUUAUGCAUUCACAGGGAUAUUGCAGCAAGAAACUGCUUACUGAGUGCAAAAUUUGAGAUAAAAAUUUCGGAUUUUGGUAUGUCAGACGACAAAGUUAUAGUUCAUGACGACACAUUAGAAAAGGUACCCGUAAAAUGGCUAGCCCCCGAAACAUUGCAGGAUAAAAUCUAUUCCCUCAAAACAGACGUGUGGUCUUACGGCGUGCUUGUGUGGGAGAUCUACGCUGAGGGUGCAGAACCUUAUCCCGGCUUAACAAGACUUCAAACAAGAGCUAAAAUUGUGGUACAAAAUUACAGAAUGGAAAUGCCGAGGGAUACACCAAAAAGCGUUGCAGAGGUAGUAUAUCAAUGUUGGGAAAGAGAUCCAGCUCGACGACCAGAAAUGUCGAAAAUUUUUCGAAUGUUAAAAGAAAUAGGAGAACGUUCGAAGGCUUAA